UUUGCAGCUGGCUCCCGCCUCACUCGCGCUCUUGUCCUUGGACUGUGCAUUGUUCCAUAGCCUUGACACUAGCACUGCUGCUAACCUUAAACUCAGUUACUCGGGAGUGUGUUAACCCUUAUUUGCAGUAAUGUGAGUAUAUCGCUCGAGUAUGUGUGCUGCCAAGAGUUCUUUCAAACGGAUCGUUAAGAGCAAGAAGUUAAAGACGUACGCAUCAGCUGUCUGCUCUGAUAAGGAUGCGCGGCUGGACCAGGAGUACAAACGUGCACAGAGAGGAAGAAGUGCGGAACAGUUGACCACGCUCAAGUCUGACCGCCAAGUGGAUGAUCCACCUAAGGAUUUUGAAAAUGAUGAAAUACUCUUUCCUUACGACGCUUCAAAGAGACUCUCUCAACAAGUCGAGGUGUUACUGGAAGAGAACUGCCAGUUACGGCGGUCGCUGGUGGAGGCGGAGGCCCGGCUGAAGGGGGUGGUUUCCAAGUGUCCUCCGGGGAUGGCUAACCACGGACGUGCAUCUGAUCUGGCCGCCAGCAAGAUUGUGGAGCUCAGCAAGCGGGUCCGAGAAUUAACAGCGGACUUGGAGGUCGCCCGCAUGCGCUGUCGAGCCGCUGAGCUCUCUUCACUCACGUCGGCACAAGUUGUACAGGAAAAAGCAUGUGACGACGUCAAGCCUCCAGACUCAACGUCCACGGUGAACACGGUGAAGGAACUCAGCGACAAACUGUCCACUGCCAAUUUGAAAGUAUGUGAAUAUAGGAACCAAUGUCAACAGUUGAAGCACGAACUGAAGAUAGCACACAAGGUGAUCCAAAGUGAGGUAGGGGAGGGAGUAAAUGUGGCCAGCUUGGUCAGCAGUGGAGGGAGUGGUAGCUGGAGGGGAAGAGCCCAGCAGAUACAAACUCUACAGCAACGCCUCGCCGAACUGUCUGAGAAAACAUCCAAUUGCGAAGUGAACGAGAAGGAAGCAAGAAAGACAGAAUCGCUGGCCCGGCUUGCAGAAAAGGAGCGUGAGAGGGAAAAGGAGGUGGCAGAACUGAAGCAACAGCUAGAGGAUAAACAACGAAAACUGGAGGCAAGUCGGGCUCGAAGUCGUGUACUGGAGAACAACCAAUCGGAACUGCGAGGGCGUCUGGCAACACUCCUGGAGAAGACUACUCAUGAUGAUCAGCUUAUUGCUGCCUUAACGACCCAGCUAGCUUCUGCAUCUGACAAGAGCCAGGAUCGCAGUGCUACCAACCGUUUAGAGCAACACAAUAGAUUAUUAGAGAACCAACUUAGUGAGGAGAAAUCUAAGCUGACAAACUUACAGAGUGUUUUACGGGAUAAAGACAAGGAGUUGGCAGAUUUAGAAGAAAAGUUUAUUAAUCUUCAGAACGCUACGAGCAGUGAAUCUACAGAAAGAUCAAGAAGCACAUCUAUUCCUUCUACAGAGCAAAUUCAUACUAACAGCACAUUGGAGACUCUGGGAGUGACAGCAGAAGCGGAGAGAGUUCGACUGUUGGAGUUAUUGGCGGUGAAUAACAAGAGGUUGGAACAAGAACGACAAUCUGCGAUACAAGCUCAGGAUGCGCUGAGGAAAGAGAGGCACAAGGCGGCAAGGCUAGAGACCAAACUUGCCAGACAGGAGUUGGAGCAACUCAGUGCUGUCAGUUGCUAUCACAACAGUUCCCAUCAUAAAUUCGACGAGAAUCCAUCAGAAGAACUCAAGUGCAGGUUAGAAUUACUUCAGGAGGAAUUGAUGUAUCUACGAUCUCGUCUGGUCAACGUGGAACAAGAGAAGUAUGAAGAUCUGCGCACUUAUACAUCCAUGUUGGAGCACACCAGACUAGUCUUCAUGGAGUCUGUAAGAAGUAUGAGUACUGCCCUUAGUAGUACCACUUAACGAUAACCUGUUUCUUUAUUAAAAUUAUUUUGUUAACAGUG